ACUUUCAUUGACUAGACAUUAAAACACAAGGCAUAUUCAUUAAAUUGUUUUGAAUAUUAGCAAGAUUUGUCUAGUUUUGUUAGACUGGACCUUUUUACUUGGAAAGGGACGAAGAAGGAGAGAUUUCAUCCAUUGGGAUUUUUUGUUUGUUUGUUUGUUUGUUUUUACAUGUACCUUUUUUUUGAACUGACUGCUUUCCUAAACAAUCUACUGAGGAAUAAUGUUUUGAAACAUACAUUUGAUUUUCGGUUGUUCAAAUAAGUGUUGGAUCUUUACACUAGAGACAAGAGAUGGCAUUAUCAGAGAGUGAGUUUGGCAUGAAGGGAAGCAGCGUAAUAAAAGAAUGGAGUGGACAAGUCCAACCAGCCCUCAUUAUUUCCUUCAUUUUUCUCUUCUGCCUGGAGGCCUGUCUGUGGAUCCGCAACCUUGCUCUCAAGAAAAGGCUUCCAGGCCCUUUUGCAUGGCCGCUGGUUGGAAAUGCCAUGCAGCUAGGCCAAAUGCCGCACAUUACCUUCUCCAGACUUGCAAAGAAGUAUGGCAAUGUCUACCAGAUCCGACUGGGCUGCAAUGACAUUGUGGUGCUGAACGGAUACACAGCCAUACGACAAGCUCUUAUUCAACAUAGCACAGAGUUUGCAGGGAGACCAAACUUCAACUCUUUUCAAAUUAUAUCUGGGGGGAAAAGUAUGACAUUCAGCAGUUACAGUGAACAGUGGAAGGCACACCGAAGAGUAGCUCAAUCUACCUUAAGAGCUUUCUCAUCUGCAAACAGCCAGACCAAGAAGGCCUUUGAACAACACAUUGUGGCAGAGGCCAUGGAUAUGAUUCAGAACUUUCUCAGGCUGAGUGCAGAUAGAUGUUAUUUUAAUCCUUCACAUGAAUUUACAGUCGCUGCUGCUAACGUCAUUUGUGCGCUUUGCUUUGGAAAACGUUAUGGGCAUGAUGACCCUGAGUUCAGGACACUUCUGGGUAGGGUAGAUAAGUUUGGAGAGACAGUGGGUGCUGGGAGCUUAGUAGAUGUCAUGCCUUGGCUUCAGUCUUUCCCUAACCCAGUGCGAAGCGUUUACCAGAACUUUAAGACUAUCAAUAAGGAGUUCUUCGCUUAUGUGAAAGACAAAGUAGUGCAGCACAGAGACACAUAUGACCCGGAUGUAACUCGAGACAUGAGCGAUGCAAUCAUUGGUGUGAUUGAACAUGGAAAAAAUAACAUGUUGUCUAAAGAUUUUGUGGAGGGAACUGUGACAGAUCUCAUCGGAGCAGGACAGGACACUGUAUCAACAGUUAUGCAGUGGAUGUUGCUACUGUUAGUGAAGCAUCCAGCUAUGCAGACCAAGCUCCAGGAGCAGAUUGAUAAAGUGGUUGGCCGUGACAGACUGCCAUCAAUUGAGGACAAGAUCAACCUGGCCUACCUGGAAGCCUUCAUCUAUGAGACCAUGCGCUACACCAGCUUUGUGCCUGUCACUAUCCCCCACUCAACUACCACAGACGUCACCAUUGAGGGUUUCCACAUCCCCAAAGACACAGUGGUGUUCAUCAACCAGUGGUCGGUGAACCAUGACCCACAGAAGUGGCAGGACCCCCACAUCUUCAAUCCCUCAAGGUUUUUGGAUGAAAAUGGAGCCCUUAACAAGGACCUGACCAACAGUGUAAUGAUCUUCUCCACAGGUAAAAGAAGGUGUAUUGGUGACCAGAUUGCCAAGACAGAGAUCUUCUUGUUCUUAGCCAUUCUUUUGCAUCAGUGCACAUUCAAGAGCAACCCCUCACAGACUCUUACUAUGGACUGCUCAUACGGAUUAGCACUGAAGCCUGUCAAAUUUACAGUUGCUGCCAAUCUAAGAGGGAAACUCCUUGGCCUUGUGUCGCCAGCAUAAAUUAAAGAAUGACUUUGCAGCAAGUUUUAUGAAUCAAAACAAUGAAGGACUGAUACAUUUUCAAAUAUAUUCCACAUAAGAGUGAGUAUUAAUAAACAAACAUUAACCAUUAUUGUAUAUUUAAUAUUUAAAGAUCAUUCACACCUUUUUAGGCAAGGUGAAUUUUUAAUUAAUGAAAAAAAGGUCAUUAUAUUGUAUGAAACUAAGAAAGUUUAGAUGCCAUAGAUCCAAUCUGUAUAUUUUAUAUUAUGUAUUCAUCAUCCUGUCUAAACAUCAUAAGCUAAAUAAAUAA